CCGUUCUCAAGUUUCUGACAGCAAAAGUGAGAAAUUGUAGGAGAAAUUUUGUUUAUAUAUUGAUAAAAAGUGGUUUGUGUUUUUGUCUGUAAAGAAACAUUAAGUGAACUUAAAAUUUGAAGUUUUCUUAAGUAAAACACUUUUCUUGUUUUACUAAAAUUAAUUAGAAAAAAUACUUGCAAUUAAGUUGAAAGAAAAAAAUUGGCAUAUUUUUUUGUUGCAAUGUUUACAAAAAAAUCGUGUGCGGAUAUCAAGAAGUCAAUCUUCAAAAUCAAGGACUAUAAAAAAGAUUCCAUUACACGCCUGAAACAUUUGAAAACUAUACUAGAUUUCGUCGAUGCUAUAGAGGCUAAAUCUUUAUUCGAAACAAAUUACAGCCAUGUUUACUAUAUUUUAUAUGACACAUUUGUUCAGGCCGAACUUAACUUAAAGCAUAAAGAUAUGCCUUUCCAAAUCGCUCAUAAAGCUCACCGAGAAGAUCUGGAAAGUUCACUUUGGCUUCUAGAGAAAAUUCUUUCGCUGUUGCCAGAACUGAUAGCUCGAAGAUGGCAAUGCCAUUCAUUAAGUCGAAUAAUUGCAAAGCUUUUGCAUUUUGGAAACAGUCCGUGGCUUCGAAAAGAAGGCAUAAGAUAUUUUAUACUUUGGUACCAAGUGUUGGCGGAAAAUGCGCCCAGCUAUGUACAUAAGAUGUUUGAAGACAUUUUCCCUGGUUUGACAGUUCCUCAAAAUGUCAUAUCAGCUCCAGUUGGGGAAUUCGAUUUUUCUGAUAUGUUUAGCCAUCCAAACAUGAAAGUGGGAAUUGGAACUUCAGUAUUUCACGAUAUGAUGCAUGAUCCUGUUCACAAUUCCGAAAUAGUCCCACUUUUUCCACCUUCAUCAAAUGACAAGAUUGGCCAUUUCGACCCUAUUGAUAGCCUUGAGACUUUUCUACGUUGUAUUGUUCAAGCAACUAACUUCAUUAAAUGGCGAGACAAUUGUUUUGAAAAGGAUUGCAAAUCUUUUGUAUUUUUAAUAAAUCGUUUUAAGAAUGUAUUUAUACCUGUAUUCUGUCCGGAUUUUGAUAAUAACUAUACAAUAUAUGCACCAAAAUUGGUACUUCCUUCAAUGCGCGCAGCUAGUAAAAAGGACGACGUUAUGUCAUCGUGUGUUGUUGUCCUCAUAAAUUGGAUUUCUCGAUUCGUUCAUGAAAAAAAGAUGCACAGCAAGGAAGAAGAUAUUUGUUUUCAAAAUACCGAGCACACGCUCCACAUGUCAGAUCAUAGGUGUAUAGCCUAUCUUCAGCAUAAAAUUGUCCGAGAUGCUUUAUAUUCAACACAAAGUAAUAUUAAUUUUAUACAUGAAGUAUUUAGACAAGGAUUUCUUUUGGGAUUUACAACAAAAUCACAUAUAGAUGCAAUUCGAAUUUCUGUUGCGGUAUAUCGAGAUUGGAUGACAAGCAAAUAUCCACCUCCAUUUAUGUUAGAGCCAAUCGAAGGUAAUAAUUACAAUAAUAAUUGUAGCUCUAUGGAUUCAUUACAAAAAAUGAUAUCAAAUAAUACUCGGGUAUCAAAACACGGCAUUCAGGCAGGUCUCCAAAAUGUGAUACAAGUAUUCGUAACCAAUGCAGCAAAUGUUUUCCUGGUGUAUACAAAUAACUUGAAUAUAGUAUUUCCUUCAUCUCAUAGAGAAUUUCAAUCAACACCCCUUAAUGAACAGACAGACAUAUGUAAAAAAGUUCUUAAUGUUUAUCGGACCAUGGUAAUGAACACAAAAAUGGAACCAAAAACAUGGGAACAAUUGUUGCUAGUGCUACUACAAGUUACUUCAAUUGUUUUUAAUCAAAAACUAAUGGGUUCGAAGUCUCCCUUAGGAAGUCGUUUGGGUCAGGCGAUAUUUCAAACGCUUAUUGUUACCUGGAUCAGAGCACAUACAAAUGUGCCUAUUAGUGUUCAUCUAUGGGAUCGAUUUUUAAAUGUUCUUACUCCGUUGACCUCUAAGGAAGCACUUAUCAACGAAUGGGAAAAGACAAUGCAAACAUUGACACGCGUGCUUGGGCGAUAUGUUUACAAACUAAAUUUGCAAGAUCUCCCACUAGAACGUUUGGCAGACAGUAAAAACAAACGACGUAAAAUAACUAGCUUAUGGCAAAGUGAAAUUAAGGAACGCAGCUCAAGAUCUUCACAUGAAUUAAAUGAACGAAAUGAAGAGAUUUUAGAAGAUACACAAAAAAAUAGAUAUGAAUCCAAUUCUGAGUUUGCAAGCCAAAUUAUAGCAACCAAACCAACUCUUACCCGCUGUUACAGCGAGGGAAGCAUCUUUUUAUCAAACAAAAAUGGACUUAGUGAGCAACAAAAAAAACGAUACACUUUUGUCAAACCGUUAAGUUAUAACCAAUCUCUUAGUGCAUUACUUGAUCAAGCAAAUGUGCAUAUAAGUUUUGAAAAAAUUAAUUUCAAAAAUGAAGACAAUGUAAAUGUUCUUAAAAGCUGCAUGUUGAGACGAGCUAUUUCCUUAAACUCUUUUUAUUUUAAAAAUUCAUUUUAUAUAACAAAAUAUAGAGAUGCCGAUAGUUUGCAAGAUUCGCGCAGUCCUUCCCCAUCUGCUUCAAGUGGUAUAGACGGUGGAUCUAUUAAAGACUCUCCGAUGCAGAUCGAUGUCUUAGUAGCUGAUACGUCGAGCAUCGAAGAUAACACUUGUACAGCCACAUCUGAAAACAAAUCGAUAAUUCUUGGUGGUUAUGUAAGUGGAUGGUUACCUGGUACGGCAGCAAUUAUGUGGAGACGAAUUCUUGGUUCAUUGGGAGACAUAAAUCUCAUUUUCCGGCCGGAGUUACAUGCUCAAGUUUUUAAAUAUUUGGUGGAAAUGACAAGAAAUUUAAUAAAAAUAAUGCAUAAUCAAGGAGUCUCAGAAAAUAAUCUCAACACUCCACCUCCCCCUUUACUUAUCCCACCAAUUGGUAUUUCAAGUACUUGGUGCUAUGGUGCACAACUUCUUGGUCAUGAAUAUAAGAAAGGACAGCUUUCAGCAAUUAAAAUACUUUGCAUGCUAGCGAUUCAUGGUUCGAAUGAUAGGAAAAACCACAUGUCGCUAUUUUAUAAUUUACUUCAUAAAGUUUUAACUGGCGAAGAUCGCGAAAAAGUGUCAUGUUUAAUUAAAUGUUUAGAAGGAACACGUUUUUUAAGUGUACAACUAACGGGUCAUACGCUUCUCUUGGUAGACAUUGUACAUGCAUCAGCUGUGCUUAUAACAUCGAAUGAUCCAAAUCGUAGCACCCCGCGUAGUGAAGCUGUAACUCUGCUGGGAUCUUUACUAUGCUAUCCGUCAUCAGCAAUUCCUAGUCCAGUUAUUCAACCAUCUAUGGAGCAAAUAAAAUUGAUGGAGUGUCCAGAUCUGCAUGAUCAUAUACUAAAUAUAAUGCUACGAUGUGCACGUCGCGAGCUUUCGUCGAAAGGAAGGUGUAUAGCUUUUGGACAGCUUGGACAAUGGAUAUAUUUGGAAUUAAAUAAGCCAGGUAAAUGGAAGAACCAAUUCAAGCAAUCAACAUAUAAAUGUUCGACUCAGUUGGGUGAUGUAUAUUCGACUCAAUUGGGUGACGUAAAGCAUUCCAUAGCAUUGAACCCGAAGAUUAAAGAAGUAAUUCAAGUGCUUCUGCAAGCUUUGCAUUUUAAACACCGAACUAUAGCAGUUGUAGCGGCUGGGUCACUUAAAUUGUUUAGUGAGCAGAGUCGAAAACUCUUUCAGAUUGAUAACCUACCCCAUUUUAUUAUUAUAUCACUAUGUAAAGCUCUUGAAGUGCAGGACAUUCUGAAAUCGGAAAAAGUAACUAUGUCCACUAUAAUGAUGUGUCUUGGAGAAUUUUGUAUGUCUUUGCCUGUGCAGUUUUUGCUUGAAUCAGUUAAAAAAGGAAGUUGUUUAAUAAUUGUGGUUUUGCGAGUACUGUUUAAUAUUCUAUUAGGAGAACAACGAGAAAGUACUAUCAAUAUUCUUAACUCCGAUACCGACUUCGAUGAAAAUAUACUUAUAGAUGAUAUAUUUGAUAGUAAAUUGCAAAACGAAAUAAAUAUUAAAAAAUCACUACAGAGGAACGCGUUGUCUAUACGAACCUGUGCUAAAUCUGUAAUAAUGCACUUGGUAGCUUGCUUAGGUCACUUUCCACCGUCCAUUGGAGCUUCACGUCUGAGUUCUCUAGUAGAAGAACAAGAUGAUACAUACAUGAACAAAAUAGACGAUAGUGAGAAUCUAAAAGAAUCUGAUAAUUUUUUGACGUCAGAAGCUCACCAAACUCAAUGUUUUGAGAUUUUUAUACUCAAUCCUGGACUUAUUGGUAGUUUCAUAGAACUACCUGGCCUAAAAAUACAUGCUGCUGAAAUUAUUUCUGGUCUACCAACAGUCGAAAAACAAGUUCGUGUAUUACUCAGGGAUCUUAAUGGAAAAUCGUGCUGGGAAGCUUCAAAACUAUACAGUGACCCGAGAAAAUUGCAAAACAGUUUGACUUUCUCACAAAAUAUUCAAUCAAAUUCAAACAAAACUCUGAAUGGUGAAUAUAAAGAUCUUUUUUACUUGUUGACACCAUCCAAUAAGGAAGUCAUAUCUAUUUCUCGGCACACUAUACGUCAUCGAACAUGUUUUAAAUUGCCUAUUGCGACACAUCUUCCCUCCGAUUUUGACCAGCUAGGAGAUCUUCUACAGUACGUGGGAUUUUUUAGUCCGGAAUGCUUAAUUAACUCUUCAACUCAAAUAAAUAUUCCUGGAAUUAGCCCGUUAGGAUGCCAACUUGAGGCACACACAAUAUCAAUAUUACUUAAUCAACGUUCAAUUGAACAGGAAUUUGAAACAAGUUUACACAGAUCUGAAAACUUUGUAGAACGGAAGAUACAUCAAGAGUUUACCCAUUUACCUGAACAGUCUUUAAAGGAUUGCGAAAUAACAAACAUUUAUAAAGCAAAUUAUCCAUUCCAGUUAUGCCGUUUGCUAUCUACUCAUUUGGGAUUUAUUGGAUGGGAACAUAGAAGUCGUACACAUUUACUUCAGAAAAGUGAUAAAUUAAAACGAGAGUUACGAAAUGUGGAUAUGCAAAAGUGCAGAGACACUCAUAAAGUAGCGGUUUUGUAUGUCGCCAGUGGACAGGAAGAUAAAAACAGUAUACUUAAAAACACGUGUGGCAGUAGUGCUUACGAAAGUUUUGUGUCGGCGCUUGGUUGGGAAAUCGACUUGGAAACCCACAAUGGUUUUUUGGGGGGGCUACCUCGUCAAGGGUGCGGAGCUACAGCUCCUUACUUUGCAACUCCUUUUGUUGAAGUCAUAUACCAUGCAGCAACUCGAAUGCCAAGUGAUACUACUGAAGCCUUACUGACAAAAACAAGGCAUUUAGGAAACGACGAGGUUCAUAUAGUUUGGAGUGAACACCAUCGGGAAUAUCGUCGAGAUAUUUUACCAACAGAGUUCUGUGAUGUUCUAAUCGUUGUAUAUCCACUAAAAAAUUUUUUGUUUCGAGUAACAGUAAAUUGGAAACCAGAUAUACCUUGGUUUGGUCCUUUAGCAAACGAGAGUAUUGUAAACGGUUCCUGUUUAGCAAUAUUAGUUCGAGAAACAGCAAUAAACGCUAGCCGUUCUAAGAGAUCGUCAUUAUCUCUAUAUCAGCAGUACUAUGAGGAGAGAAACCGUUCCCUUGAAAACGUAUCAACCCUCUACAAAGAAAAUUCAACGUUUGAAGAGUUUGCCAGUCGAGUUUACAAUACAAAUUCAAUUCCAUUCUUAGGAGAAAGUGGUAUAAGUACAGGAUCUGAACAGUUUGCAACAUCUCUAAUUGAUAGAAAUAACGAAACAGGUCGGACACAAACAACUGUUCAUGCAACUGCAGGAAGCUCUUCACACAUAUUUUUACCGGACGAUUCUUCACCAAGAGUACCCAGAAAACUUCACAAACUCAAGUCAGCAUCGAAAUAAAAAUCCAUUCAACAAGACAAUACAGAGGCAUUUCUUUCUUCGGAUAAUAAUUUAAUAUAAGCAGAUGUUGAAAUGUAUUAGGAUGAAAAUGGCAUCGGUCGUGCCUUGUAAAUAGAAUAAGAAGCAAAAACAGUACAUUAAAAUAUAAAUCCUUCGUAUGUGAA